AUGUCAGGCCCCAGAUUGAGGUCUAUGAAUGUUGGUGACUCAGAGGCUGCAAGGCCUGUCUUGGGACCUGGUGGGAACAAGACAGGGUCAUGGAGUUCUCGGAAGCCAGCUUCAAAGCCACUGAGGAAAGCGGAGAAAUUUCACAAUGAGGCCAAAGAGAAGAAAUCCUAUGAAGUGUCUACGGUUGUUACUUCUCCUCAGUCACAUUCUGCGAGUGUUCUGCGUCGGCACGAGCAGUUACUACACUGUAAUUUGUCUCUCAAUGCCUCAUGUUCGUCUGAUGCAUCUACUGACUCGUUUCAUAGCCGUGCUUCUACUGGACGAUUGACUCGGUCUAAUAGCUUGGGGUGCACAAGGAAGCGCUCUGUGUCAAAGCCUAGGAGUGUUGCUUCUGAUGGUGUUUUGGAAUCUCCUCCUCAUGGCUCACAGUCCAAGAAGAGGUGUCCUUGGAUCACUCCUAAUACUGAACCAUGUUACGCUACCUUCCACGAUGAAGAAUGGGGAGUUCCAGUACAUGAUGACAAGAAACUAUUUGAGCUUCUUGUUCUUUCCAGUGCUCUGUCAGAACUCACUUGGCCAGCUAUUCUAAGCCAAAGGCACAUUUUUAGGGAAGUUUUUGCGGAUUUUGAUCCAGUUGCUGUGUCAAAAUUUAAUGAAAAGAAGAUAAUGGCACCAGGAACCGCUGCAAGCUCCUUACUUUCUGACCUUAAGCUGCGAACCAUAAUUGAGAAUGCACGUCAAAUAUCAAAGGUAAUAGAAGAGUUCGGGUCAUUUGACAAAUAUAUUUGGAGUUUUGUGAACCACAAAGCUAUAAUUAGCAGAUUCCGAUAUCCUCGACAGGUUCCUGCGAAAACACCAAAAGCUGAUGUUAUUAGCAAAGACUUGGUGAGAAGAGGUUUCCGAGGUGUGGGUCCCACGGUCAUAUACUCCUUCAUGCAGGUUGUGGGGUUAACAAAUGACCACCUCAUCAGUUGCUUCAGAUUCCAAGAUUGUAUGGCUGCUGCAGAAGGGAAGGAAGAGAAUGCCACCAAGGAUGAUGCUCAGAAAAAGGAGUGUGAUCAUGUGAUGGAAUCUGAUCUGUCCAUUGCCAUCGAUAAUUUGAGUUUAUCCUCAGAGUGA